AUGGCUCAUGACAUGCUUCCAAAUUAUCUGUCAUCAGAUAUCGCAAUUGAAAUAGUUGAUAUAAUAAGAUCCUUGAGUGCUGCUAAAAUUCGUACAUCAUUUCCUUCGGACAAUACAGAUCCUUUAAUUAGUUUACAAGUUCCAGACUCUGGUGGAAUAGGAGUGUUGACACAGAGCGAUUGUCCACAAAGUAAAAUCUAUCUUCAGAAGAUAUCCGACCUAAUGUUAUUCAAUAGAACUUAUAAAUGGUUAAUACUCGCUGAGAAUGAAACUGAUCCACAUAUUAUUUUUGAACAUUUGAAAAUACGUAUAGAUGCCGACAUAACAUUAGCAACAAAAUUAGACAAAACAAUCAAUUUAUAUGAUGUAUAUGGUUAUUUAGCGAGAAAAGAUCAACCUCUAGUAGUAAACUUUACUGGAAAUUAUACAAUAUCUGAUGGUCUCUAUAUUCAACCUCAAGGCAUUAAAUAUAGAAUUACAAGAAAUUUUAGUGAAAUUAAAGGACAUGUUAGUGAGUUAUUAAUAUCUAGAAAACCAACGGAUGGCAUCGCCUCUUUGACCAAAUAUCACAAUGACUUGCUUAUUAUCGCUAAAGAAAUGUUUAAUUUCAGUAUAAUUUAUGAUGUGAAUCAAGCAUGGGCAGGAAAUGCUCCAAAUGGUACCCCGGUAGGUGUCUUAGGAUACCUUAUAAGAAGAGAAGUUGAUGUUUUGGCAACUGGCAUAUACAUCACAAGAGAUCGACCUGAUAAAAUGGACAUGAUACCAAGUUACUGGAUAUUCGAAACAGCACUUCUGUACAGAGUGUCAGGUUUGCCAGGAGCAUUAGAAGGCAGUUUAACUGAACCUUUCAGAAAUGAGGUUUGGUUAAUAACUGUAGUUUUGGCUGUUUUGAUGUUCCUUUUUCUUAAAUUUUCAGCGGAUAAAUCUAAUGUAUUUCGUAGCUGGAGCUUAUCAUCACUUUCCACACUAGCAGCAUUUUGUCAACAAGGAAUGGAGCCAUGUCCAACCCAUGUGUCACAGAGGACAUUAACGUUAACACUAUACGUAGCUACGUUACUUUUAUAUAAUUAUUAUACAUCUAGUAUUGUGGGAUAUUUGUUGAGUGUAAAUCCUGAAGGUUUAGACACCAUUGAGCAAAUGGCCGAUAGUCCAUUAACCGUAGUUUUUGAAAAUAUUGGAUAUGGCCAAGUACUUGUCCAGCAAAGACAAUUCAAAGGAAUGGAAGAAUUGUAUCAUAAAAAAUUAAAGGCACCUAGAAGUUCAAAUGAACCACAACUUUUUGUAAAUAAGGAAGAAGGAAUACAACUGAUAAAAAACAAAAGAGUAGCCUAUCACACAGAACCACAAUCUGCGUAUUCUGAAAUUGCUAAUACGUUUAAUGAACAAGAAAUAUGCGAACUUCGGCAGGUAAAUAUUUAUCAAAAGGAUACUUUAUACACGGUGCUGCCGAAAAGAUCACCUUUAACAAAAAUGCUAACUGUUGGAUUACUCAAGGCUAAAGAAAACGGACUUUCGCCCAGAUUUCUCAAAAUGAGGUAUUCUCAAAAACCAGAAUGCACAGCAAAUUUUGUCAGCCCAGUUUCAUGGCACGGUGUUGCCGCUGCUUUUAAAUUAUUAGGCAUAGGGUUCGGCAUCAGUUUGAUCAUUCUUAUAAUAGAAAAAAUUUUAAGGAUAAAAUAUUCUCAUAGUAUAGAAAAUUUGGAUGAACAAUCAUACAAAUGUGAUUAUUACAAUUGA